CUUCUUGACGCUGCUCUCUGUCGUCCUCUUCAAUAAAUAGUCUCUUAUUGUCCUCACUUUAUACUUGGAUUCAUACGCCGUAGAUGCAGCGCAAGAUGAUGAAGAGACAACGCCCAUCGUCGCCUGACAUUCCCCAUAUCGAAGACGAGGAACCUCUGGACACGAACAUGAAUCGAACCUCCAGCCCACUCCGCACUUCCAAGCGACGACGCGUCCUUCCCCCCUCUCUCGACGGGCCCUCACGCGGCUGGGCCAACUCCUCGAGUCUGCACAGUCCACACCUACAGUCGAGCUCUACGUACGAAGACGAUGAUGAUUACUGCGACGAUGACUUUUCAGAAGAUGAGCCUGGAGAAGCAACUGGCGGUGGAGACGAUGAUGCGGAGAUGCAGGGUGUUACGAUGCAGAAGUAUAGGAAUGUGAAUAGUUUGCUGCACGAUCUGCAUGCGGAGCAGCAGUACCGGCGCAUUUUGUCCUCAUCGCCUGGCCCAAGCGCACCACCACCGCCACCAUCGCUCCCAAUUGGUACCACGAACGGUUAUGGGCAAGCUUAUACCCAUCGUGUUCACCCGCAUCCACAAUAUCGUUACCCCGACCAACAACAGCAACAACAACAACAAUUGUAUCACACGCAUCUCCAUCCCCACCAUGCUGCACCGCAGCUAGCACACUACGCCCAGACUUCGCGAUUCAAUUCAUUAUACCCCCUCGCCAAUGGUGACGGUGAAGGAUAUGGACAUGGAAGUCAUCCAGACGAAGAUGUUAUCCCUGUGACGAGGUAUACCGCUGGCAAACCAACUUUUCCGUCGCCGCCAAUCCCCCCGCCUCAUGCUCUGAUUCAUUCUCAUUCGCACAAUUCGACAUCCUAUCACCACUCCGCACAGCAUCCGUUUCAUCAACAACAACGUCAUUCAGGACCCAAAGGCCUUAAUCUUACUCAAGAGCCUGUAGUGCAGGAAGACGAGGAGAUGGGCGAAGAGGAUAGGGUUAGGGAACGGUAUGAGGAUACGAACAAGCUGCUUCGUGAGCUAUUUUUGAGCCGAAGGCGGCACCUCGAAGAUCCCGUACAAGCCAAUGGGUCGCCUUCUGUUUCGGAGCCGCAACGGUUCGGAUGAUAUGUCGCUCUUUAUGCUUUGAGGGUCCUCGCUACUCCACAUACCACUUGCUGCCCCCCCGUCGACGCUUUUCAGGGCACGUCUCCAUACCCUCGUAUUACGCGGUCACCACAUCCUCCGCAAAUCAUGCACUCCGUUACCAGUAUCUGUGACCGUCAUCCCCUGUCGUCUUUCCAUCAGACGGAACACCCUUAUGAAACCUCACGUCAUAUUCUCUCAUUCGCCUCGACCAUCCUUGCCGUUCUCUGUCCUUUCCCCUGCUUCCCAUAUCAGCGCUCUUUCAUCUUUCCUUCUCAUCACUUGUAUCUUUACACAUACACUGGCACUCGCAUCCUCUCGGUCAUACAGAAUUCCCUCGCUUGAUUUUGCAUUCUGCGUUCCCUGCCCAUCGUUCACUUUCC